AUGUAUGUGUUCAUUGUUCCUCAGGUUGGAGAGCCUAAGACCAGCAUUCUCCCCAGAUACAACCUUUCUGACAUCACAGCUAAGGCAUGCCAGGUAACUGUCCCUGAUAGGUUCUCCCCAGAUACACCUUCUGACAUCACAGCUAAGGCAUGCCAGGUGUGCAGUACGUGGAUCGGUAGUGGUGUGGUCAGUGACCUGAAUGAUCUUCGUCGCGUCCACAACCUCCUGGUCUCCUCGCUGGACAAGGUGCAGGCUGGGAAGGGUUCCUCUAGUCAGCUGUACAGUGAGAGUGCUACCACCAUGGAGAAGUUGGCUGUACUGAAGGCCUGGGCUGAGGUGUAUGUGGUGGCCAUGAAGAUAAAGAAGGAAGCAGAGUCUCGGCCGGUGAAGGAGGUGAAGGCAGGAGGAGGAGACGAGGAUGAGGAAGAGGAGGAGGAGGAGGGAGCGGACAUUCUUCCUCCCGAUAGCCUGAUUAUGCUGGUGCAGCCUGAGCUACCGUCUCUGUCUCGGCUGUGGUUGGCUGUCCUCAGAGACUACGCUCUGCUCACACUUCCUGCUGAGUUCUCGAGCCAACUUCCUCCCGACGGUGGUGCCUUCUACACCCCAGAGACCAUCGACACAGCACGUCUCCAUUACCGUGGCUCCUGGGCCCCUGUUCUCCACGCUGUGGCCCUUUGGCUGAGCAGCACCAGCUUCGGGGCCGGGGAGGGGGAAGAGGAGGCCCCUGCUGUCCCUCCACAGGCGUCUGGGGCGCCAGUCUACCCCCUGGGAAACCCUGGACCUACUCAGAGCCUGGAGGACCUGAUUAAGGACAGAAUGCAUCUGAUGCUGGGUGUCAGUAUUGAGUUCCUGUGUUUCCCAAGACCUGAGGAACCGAUAGAACAUGUCAUGUCAUGUCUACAGGCUCUAUUGUACCCUACUGGACUCUCCCUGCCGCCAGGACACACAUCAGUGAAGACCAGUUGCUGGGUGUAG